AUGUCUAUCUCGCCGGCUGUCCAGGACCUGCUAGAUCGGAACAAGGCGAUUGUGCCGCAAUUCCAGCCGCUGAAUCUUUCCCUGGCUGCGGGGACAAAGCCUCUUCCGAUGGUAGCUGUUAAUUGCGGUUUCAGCCACAUGACGCAGUCGAAUAUCCAUGCCGACCUCCAACGUCGGUUUCCCGAGGCUGAUCCGGCGUAUAUCGACUCGCUGCCCUUCCGCACUAUUGAUAGGUAUGCCCAGCUGCCUCUGUCCCGAUCAGCAGUGUUACUAAACGACAUUCAAUUUAUUCACAAUUCGGUUCUCGUAAAGAAGGAACCAAAGGACCUAACCGUUGGUUUCAUAGUUGACAUCAACACUGGGCAACUUACUCAAGUCCAAGGAAUAGUUGCCGAUGCGCCACAGUAG